AUGUCAACUGGCACAGAUGUUUCUCUUUCGUCAUAGGAUGAAGAUAAUCAAGGAUCUAAACUUAUCCGAAAAGCUAGAGAAGCACCGUUUCUUCCCAUUGGAAUGGCGGGGUUUUCAGCAAUCGUUGCAUAUGGAUUAUAUAAAUUGAGGAGCAGGGGAAAUACUAAAAUGUCUGUUCACCUGAUCCACAUACGUGUGGCAGCCCAAGGCUUUGUUGUGGGAGCAAUGACUCUCAGUAUGGGCUAUUCCAUGUAUAAGGAAUUCUGGGCAAAUCCUAAACCUUAGAAGAAGAGAAG